AUAAUUGCCCGAUAAUUCUGCGGUCACACUGUCUAUAAUUUUUUUCGCCGUCGGUUCUGUUUCGUUCGGUUUGUUUUCUUUUCCUCCGUUUCCGAGAAAACCCCCAAGAAAUGCGAAAGGAUUUAAGUUAAAAACGAACUCGCGCAUUUUUGUUUAUUGUUUAGCGUUCGGUGCGAAUUAAAUUGUGUUUUCCACCCGAAGAUUUGUUGACUUUUCCACGAAGCCGCUGCUGCAGUGUGAGUGUGUGCGUGAAUGUCGGUGUCUGUGCACCAAGUGCAUGUGUGUGCUGCAAACAUAUUUAGCAUUUAUUUAAUAAAAAACAAGGAAAAGGAGAAAUAAUCUAAGCAAGUACAGCAGCGAAAAGAAAGUCAAUCAGAGAUCCAUCCACAUGAAAAGGAGCCGAGGAGGGCAGCCAAGAAGUUAACUGGAAACAAAACAAGCAGCCAGCAUUAAAAGCAAACAGAAAUCAACAAAUACUCUUGCCAAUUUAUCGAAUAAACAAGAAGCCGAGCCAGGAGGAGCUCCUACUUCUCCGCCGCAAUCAGCGCCCUCCACACGUGAUAUACGUCGACUUUCUCGCCCCUCGAUCCCUCGGUACCCGAAUCAUGGAGUUCAUGGAGCUCGGUCAUGUUUGAGCGCUUCCGACUGAGCAACCUGACCAGAACCUUUCGCCUGAGAGGAGGCGGCCCAGAACUGGCGCGCGACAAGAAGAACCCGCAACGGCAGCAAUGCGUCACCGUCCUGUUCCUAGAUGACAUCACGCACACCUUUCGGAUCGAGAAACGUGCGAAAGGCUCUGAACUCUUGGAUCAGGUCUUUCAAUAUCUCGAGCUAUCCGAAAGGGACUACUUUGGCCUACUAUUUCCACAGAAGCCGGGUGACGUUGUGAGAUGGGUGGAUGCCCAGAAGCAGUUCAAGAAGCAAUGCAGCAGCGUUUCCCUCGACAACGAUGCCGUUCCAUUAUUAGAAUUUAGGGUUAAGUUCUUUGUAAGCGAUCCCAGCCGCCUGCAGGAGGAGUUCACUCGCUACCAGUUCUAUCUGCAGAUCAAGCGCCACAUUUUGCUGGGCAAGCUGCCAUGCUCCAGCAACACCCAGUGCCUGCUUGCCAGCUACACGGUGCAGUCCGAGUUGGGCGACUUCAAUGCGCCGGAACACCAGCCGGGCUAUUUGAGCGGCAUGCAGCUGCUCUGCGAUCAAUCUACAGAGGCGGAGCGAAAGGUGGGAGAGCUGCACAAGCUGCACCGCGGCCAACUGCCUGCGGAUGCGGAGUACAACUACCUGGAGCACGCCAAGCGGCUGGAGCUGUACGGCAUUGACCUGCACAAGGCCACCGACUCAAAUGGCAAGGAGCUGCAGCUGGGCGUUUCGGCGGUGGGACUGCUCGUCUUCCAGCACUCGCUGCGCGUGAACACCUUCUCGUGGAGCAAGAUGGUCAAGGUGUCGUUCAAGCGCAAGGAUUUCUUCAUCCAGCUGCGUCGCGAGCCCAGCGAGAACUACGAUACUUUGCUGGGCUUCGGAAUGAGCAGCCACAAGCACGCCAAGGCGCUGUGGAAGUCGUGCGUGGAGCACCACAGCUUCUUCCGCCUGAAGAGGCCCCAUCGCCUCUCGCGCUUCUUAAACAUUAGUUUGGGAAGCAAGUUCUACUACUCGGGACGCACGGAGCUUCAGGCGGUUCAGGAGUCCAAGCAGCGCGGUCGCAUUCACAAGGUCUUUGUGCGUUCGCCUAGUAAGAGAUUCCUGGGAGGAGCAGCCGGUGGCGGAACUUCGGGCUCCUCGGGCGGAACUCCGAUGCUGCAGCACAGCGGCUCCGAGAGCGCCACCUCCCACAAUAAUGGGAAGUUAGCCGCCGGAGGAGGAGGCACCAUUCUGACCAUCACCAAGACGAGCCGAGACAACAAGGUGACUUCCAAGGAGGCGGAAUCCAUGCCCCGAAAGGCCUGGGAGCAGCAGAGCGACGAGUACGACAUCCAGCUCGACGUGGGCUUCAUCGAGCAGUGCACGCGGCGCUUCGAGUCCGCCUCACCUUCGCCCAUGCCGCCCGCCUACAGCUCCGGCCAGCACAGUCCCCUCCUGCUGCCCACGACCAUCGCGGAUGCAGUGGGUCAGCAGCAGCAGCCGGAGAGCGGCAGCGACCUCAUCACCAUCCGUCUGCAGGCCGACGAGCAGGGACGCUACGGGUUCAAUGUGAAGGGUGGCGUGGAUCUGAGCCUGCCCGUUCAGGUUUCCAAGGUGGUUCCGCAUACGCCCGCCGAUCGCUGCACUCCGCGUGUUUGCGAGGGCGACGAGGUGCUCAUGAUUAAUGGCAGGGAUGUUCACGGACUGCGUCACGAACAGGUGGUGGCCAUGAUUCGCGAUUGCCGUCACCAGGCCAGCGGUGAACUGCUGCUGACGGUGCGCCCCCAGCGCUGUGCUCCGCUGCUCCUAGAGGAGGAACCCCUGUACCAGUACGUUCCCGAGAGCGAUGAGAUCGGAUCGCACUCCAAUCUGCUCGACGGCGACGCUCUGUUCACCCAGAGCCUGCUGCUGCUCAGCGAUGGCCUCGCCUCGGGCGCCCUGCUCGCCCAGUACGAGCUGAUGUACAGGAAGAAUCCGGAUCUGGCCAUCACAGAGGCUCGCAAGCCGGGAAAUGCACCCAAGAACCGAUAUCGAGACAUAUCGCCAUAUGACUGCACUCGGGUCUCUCUGGUCAACUCGCUAACGGGCGACUACAUCAACGCCAACUAUGUGAAUAUGGAGAUUCCCGGCGGUGCGGUUAACCGGUAUAUUGCCACCCAGGGACCACUGGCCAGCACCACGACGGACUUUUGGCGCAUGGUGCAGCAGGAGAGCAGCCACCUGCUGGUGAUGCUCACGACGGUGAUGGAGUCGGGUCGCCAGAAGUGCCACCAGUACUGGCCAGUGACUGGCGAGGAGCUUCAGCUGGCGGAGGGCUUUUCGGUGCGCUGCCUGAGCGAGAAACCAGACGAAACGGGCAGCUUCGUCUUCCGCGAGUUUGUGCUGAAGGACAAGCACGAGCAGCGGCACAUCCACCACAUGCAGUACCUGGCCUGGCCGGACCACUGUGUGCCCUCCGAUCCGCAGCUCUUCCUGGAGUUUACGGAGCGAGUGCGCGCCGCCAGGAAUCGCACGCUGCUGCAGGAGAUUGAGGAGAGCCUGAAGCAGGUGCGACUGAUGGACGCCGAUGCGGAUGCGGACGAGAACGGUGGCCUGAUGAGGGAGCGCAAGUGCGCGGCCAGCAAUGGAGCCACUCCGGAGGACGAGACGCCCGUCUCGACGAGCGUGCAUCAAUGCAUCAGUGCCGCCAAUCCACCUGUGAUCGUCCACUGCUCGGCGGGAAUUGGACGCACUGGAGUGCUCAUACUGAUGGACACCGCUUUGGCUUUAAUGGAGGCCCGCGAGCCGGUUUAUCCCUUGGACAUUGUGCGCACGAUGCGCGAUCAGCGUGCCUGUAUGGUGCAGAAUGUGAGCCAGUACCGCUUUGUGUGCGAAUGCAUCUGCGCCGCCUACAUGAAGAUCUCGCGCAGCAGUGCCGCCAUCAACGACGACGAGGAUUAAUCCCGCUACGCAAUCUACAAUCUUCCGCUUUACACGAUUCGAUUUGUUUCGAGUUUUUUCUUAUUCUAUACGAGAACCUACGUCUAAAUCUAUCUAAUUGUUAGUACCCGUAGACAUGUACGUUUAAAACUGAUUGUAUAUCAUUACUAUUACAGACCCCCCAUAUAUAUUGUAUUAUCAACUCUCUGUUCGUAGGGUUUACCCCCAAAUACACUCUUAAUUAUAUACAUUAAUUAGCUCCCGUCAGUCGCCGAAAGUGCUAAGAGGAAACGAGGAUUCUAAAUUUACAAAGCCACCACGACGGAAUGGUAAACGAAGUGAACCAACUACCUAAUCGAACGUAUACAAAUACAAAGCGAAAGAGAAGCAAAUGGCAAUUUAUUUACACCCAUCCAAUGCUACACAACACGAGAACAAUACGAUAUGCAAUACAGCAACCGAGAAUAAAACGAUCCUUAUACAUUGAUACUGAUACUGAUACCGAUGGACAACACGAGAAGAUAAAACUGUUAGUAUUUUAGCACCAAAUCAAUUCAUUUACAUAAAUGUAUUUAUGCUGAACAAAAAUCCAAUAAAAUGUGUAAUUAAAAAAUAAA